AUGUCUACUUCCAGCCCACUCAUCCCCGGCAUCUCGAACGAUCAGCUUCAGGGCAUAAUGGCUCUAUUUCAAGGCAUACUAAGAACUGAAAUGGCCAUAUUCAGAACUGAAAUAAGAACCGAAAUAAGAACUGAAAUGGGUCAACUACCCAUUCAGCCAGCCACUCAGCCAGUCACUCAGCCAGUCACUCAGUCAUCCACUCAGUCAGCCACUCAGCUAGCCACUCAGUCUGAUACUCUACAAGAGGAAGAGCAAGAGAAGGAGCAAGAGGAGGAACUACAACAGGCAAAUGCGGAGAACACUGCGGAGAACACUGCGGAGAACACUGCGGAGAAAGCAAGCGACAACAAGGCCACCAUCAGCAAGAACACGGCUCAGCUCUCCACAAUCCCACGUCAUAUGCUCUCCACGGUUCCACGUCAAAUCACCACUCAGCAGGCGGAGAACGACACUACAAUUUGGCCUGCUAUCUCCACAUGCCUGGGCAAUAUCACAUUGUGGUACAUCACUGCAAUGAGCACACAAGAGAAGGAUCUACUGCGUCGAUCACAGCCAAUUGGGCCUCUGCAGGAGGACAUCGGACGAUGCAUAUUUGGACGAAUUGAAAUCGUCUGA